AUGGCAUUUCCUACUUUACGGCUCCUGCCUUCCCUCUCCCGACCCAUCUCCAUAACCUCGAAUCGAAGCUUACGCUCCCUUCCCAUCCGACAGUUCUCUUCCACUCCCACCUACCACAAUACAAACCCGUCAUCAUCCAAGGACCCUUCCCAUCCAUAUCUUCACUAUCAUCCAAACUCUACACAUCUCACUCUAUCAUUCUUACCUGACCCACCUGUCAAGAGGUCAAAGACGAUAUUGGGUUAUUUACCUUUAGGUGAUGCUACAUUGGAUGAUUUCAGGGAAGAGCCUGGUUUCAUAGAUACGUUACAUUCUGCUAUCCAAUCUGGUUUGGAGUUAGGUAAAUCAGAUUCGAUAAAGUAUGAAGCUGAGAGUAGACCUACGGACGGAUGGAUACAUGUUACUGAUGAAAGAGCCAUACCGCCUGUAGGGAGAAUAGGUGAGACUGAAGAUCUGAUAGGAUCUGUAUAUGUUCAAGAUGGUAAAAUAAUAGCUUCAACAUACUCACCUCUACCCACUUAUCGAAUGAUCACCCCCAAUGGAGUAUUGACAUUACCUAAAGGGUUGGACGAACAUCUGAUAGAGGUAUUGAAGAAGAUAGAUGAGGAAGAGAAGGAUCAAUCACAAUAA